AUUGACCAUCCAAGUCAAUGGACAUAAAAGGAGACAAAAAGUUUUUGUCUUACUUUUUUCUUUCCUUCUCCCUUGGUUAUCCCUUUUUUUUUCUUUCUCAUCUCCUAGUUUUUCACCAUGGCAGAUGCUAUUGAUUCUAAAAAGUUAGAAUAUAACGACGACAAGUCGGUAGUGAGAUACGAUAUCCACGAAGCUAACGAAGCCAUUCCCGAAGACAAAGAGCCCGCCUCCCAUGGUGGCGAUACCGCCCUUGCAAACGCACCAUGGCAGUACAAACUUAUUGCCUUGGUGACCGCGCUGAUGUUUCCCAUCGGCUCUCAUUUUUCGGGUAGUGCUCUAAGUGCUAUGAAGAAAAGUAUCAAGGACCACCUGAAUAUCGAUAACACGAGUUACGGUGUGUUGUCAGCUGGUGUGUCUAUUAUCAACACGAUUUUCCCUAUUGCAGGUGGCAUGUUUAUUGACAUGUUCGGCUCCGUUUGGGGUACGCUGGUUGUCAAUUUCAUGAUUAUUCUUGGCAGUUUGCUUACUGCGCUUGCCGCCAAAUUCGAAUCUUAUCCUUUGAUGAUCGUCGCCCGUGUUGUCUUUGGUAUCGGUUCCGGUCUGAUCGUCACGAUCCAGGAAUCCCUGCUUUCCAAGUGGUUCCGUACUCAGCACCUUUCGUUUGCCAUUGGUUUGCAGUUGUCGAUCUCUCGUCUUUCCACCUUUUUGGGUACCCUGGCGGCUAACCCUGUUGCGAAUGCUACCGGUGAUUGGGUGUGGGCUUUCUGGCUUUCCUUCAUUCUUUGCGCCUUCUCCAUUGCUAUGAACUUAAUUUAUGCCCUCGUUGUCAAGCACUUGCGCGGUCAAGUGGUGACCAAGGAAGAAGUCAAGGCUUUGAAAGCCAAACGUACUUUCCACUGGCGUUCUGUGUUCAAGUUCCCCAUCCACUACUGGCAUAUCAUUCUCAUUGAAUUCAUCUUUGCCGCCGUCUGGUCCUCUUUCCAAACCAUUUCGACCGAACUUGUCCAGGUCCAUUUCGGUACCGAUGCUGUCCUUGCUGGUUACAAGGCUUCGGCAUCUCAAGUGGUGCCUAUUGUUGCCACCCCCCUCCUCGGUCUUUUCAUGGAUAUUUUCGGUUGCCGUGUCAUCAUCUUGCUCAUCUCGGCUAUUUUCUUGAUUCUAUCCUCGGGUUUGCUUGGUUGGACUUAUGUCGAUGCCGUGGUCGGUAUGGUCUUCUACAGUAUUUCACUUGCUUUCGGUCCUAUUGCGAUGAUUACCUCCAUCGGUAUGAUUUUGCCCUCCGAUUACAUCGGUACCGGUCUCGGUAUCUACAAGAGUUCCAACAACGUUGGUACCACCAUUUUGGAUAUUGUCGUUGGCGUCAUUCAGGAUAACAGCCAUAACCAAGCUUACACUGGUGUCAUGCUUCUCUUCAUCGUUUUGGCUGGUAUCGGUUUCGUUCUUAUCGCCGGCUUGUGGUUGUCGCAACGCUUCCAGCUCGGUAACUUGCUCGAAGCAAGCCGCAAGAUCCGCUUGGAGCGCAUGAAGGAGAUCAACAACAAUGAAUUGUUCUUCACCAAGCAAGGCUUGGAUUCCUACCAUGAGGUUGAGGCAAAGCCUUUGAACUACGUUUACGUCGGUUCUUUCAUCGCUUGUCUUAUCGUUGCCUGGGUCCUUUUCUUUGUGUAUGCUAUCGCCUAAAUCAUCGAGGUUUCUCGCCCUAUAUUGGUUUCUUUUUUACUAUUAUUUUCUGCCCUUCUCCCCUCCUGAACUUUCUUUCGCUUUCUGCAGCAGAGCGCCCCAUUUUUGAAUAUAAUAUCACAUUACUCCUCAUUCAGUUACAUUAAGUUGCAUGAUACUUUUUAAUAGACAAUUUUAAAAUUUACACAAUACACAAGAUAAUGACAGAUCCU